AUGGGAUCGUCAUGUCCCGAGAUAAUGCCAGCUGCGUCUUCUUUAGUAAAAGUGAUUGUGGGGAUGUCAGCCAUUGUUGCUGCUACAGUUUCUGCCACAAUUUCAGCCAUCGUUGUCGCGAUUGAUCAAUUAGUUAUACUAAUUAAAAUUAACAACUUAAAUAAAGAAAGUGGAGAUGCAGUUGAAGAUUUGGAUGAUGUUACUGAACAAGAUGAAGGAGACCCAAUUUUCUUACUGCCUCGUUAUCCUUGGGAAAGGAGUGACCGUCAUUAUCAAUAUCUUCUUGGCAGGAUGUUCAACAUUCUACGUGAUAAUAAACUGGAACUUGCUGGAGACAGGCGGAGAACUAUUCUGAGACCUCCACAGGUUCUUCGUGAGGGCAUAAAGAAAAUUGUUUUUGUCAAUUUUAUGGACUUGCUCCCCAAUCUUGUAGGAUGCAUCGACCAUGUUAUGGCUUUCUUUCUUACUAAACUGGGUAUAAGUGGCUGUUUAGACGGACAGCAAGGAUUGGUUGUGAAGGGUCGAUUUACACCAAAGAACUUUGAAGGAAUUCUAUGAUGAUAUAUCAAUGAAUAUGUCACUUUCCUUGGGUGUAAAAGUUCGAACACAAUACUUUCUAAGGAGAAUCGUUUGUUCUUCUUUCGAUGUGAGAACGCUAAUGAUGCUAAAAGCGAGUCUACUAAUCCCUUUGAUGCUAGGAUCAUCCGGUGA